ACAUACACACACACACACACACACACACACAGUCACACACACAGUCACACCCAGAGUCAUGUGAUUUCCAGUACCUGCAGAGAGGGGGAGGAGCCUCCAGUGAAAGUGUUCAGACUGGUUCUCACUUCAAGGAGCAGACGGAGGAGACGUGAAGUCUGAGGCUGAACCAGAAGGAAAUAGACCAGACCUUGAAUAUCUAGAAGAGCAGCGUGGCCUGAACCACAACUGAGCCGCAGCCGGUGCAACAUGGACGAGGACACUUCAGAGCAAGUUGGACCCUCAACCACAAAAGGUCAGGACCACAGACUGAGAGCAGAGUCUCCAGGGUCCAGCUGUCUGUCUCUGAAGAGUGACUGGUCCAUGAGUCAGCCUCCACUCUUCAGUAAUGAACCUGGACCCUCACACACAGAGGAGAGGAAGAGGAGUCAUGUUUCUGAGGAGGAGCAGUCGUCCUGCUGUGCUUCGUGUCAGGACGUCCUGAAGGAUCCAGUCUCCACCAGCUGUGGACACUGGUUCUGCAGACAGUGCAUCACCUCAUACUGGGACCAGUCUGGUUCUUCAGGAGACUCCUCCUGUCCCCAGUGUGGACAAAGAUCCAGAACAGGAGCUGGAGGUCAGACAGCCGAUCGUGGUCUGCAGGAGGUUUCAGAUGAACAUAAGCUCAGUGUGAGGAGGAGAUGUGAACAUGUGACUGAAGGAAGUGAUGAAACAGGAAGUAGAACCCUCCUCAACAGGAUCUACACUGAGCUCUUCAUCACAGAGGGACAGAGUGAAGAGGUUAAUACUCAACAUGAGGUGAGGCAGCUUGAGACGGCUUCCAAGAUGAAGAUCCUCCAGGACACUCCCAUCAAGGUCCACGACAUCUUUAAAGCCUCCACUGACCAGCAGAGCAGCAUCAGAGUCGUCCUGACCAACGGAGUCGCUGGAGUUGGAAAAACCUUCUCGGUGCAGAAGUUCACUCUGGACUGGGCAGAGGGUUUAGAGAACCAGGAUGUGGGUCUGCUGGCUGUGCUUUCGUUCAGGGAGCUGAACCUGGUGAAGGACCAGCAGCACAGUCUUCUCACGCUGCUCCAUGUUUUCCAUCCAGCGUUACAGAAGCUCACGGCAGAGACGCUCGCUGUCUGUAAACCUUUGUUCAUCUUUGACGGCCUGGAUGAAAGCAGACCUUCUCUGGACUUCAACCACAGGGAGCUUGUGUCUGAGGUCACACAGAGGUCAUCAGUCAACGUGCUGCUGACAAACCUCAUCCGGGGGAAUCUGCUUCCCUCGGCUCUCGUCUGGAUAACCUCCAGACCUGCGGCGGCCAAUCAGAUCCCUCCUGCAUGUGUUGACAGGGUCACAGAAGUACGAGGCUUCACUGAGGCCCAGAAGGAGGAGUACUUCAGGAGGAGGUUCAGUGAUGAAGAGCUGUGCAGCAGAAUCAUCUCACACAUCAAGACGUCCAGGAGCCUCCACAUCAUGUGUCAAAUCCCAGUCUUCUGCUGGAUCAGUGCUACAGUUCUGGAGCACAUGUUGACCACAGACCAGAGAGGAGAGCUGCCCAAGACCCUGACUGACCUGUACUCACACUUCCUGCUGGUUCAGACAAAGAGGAAGAACAACAAGUACGGUGAGGGACAUGAGACGAGUCCACAGCAGCUGAUGGAGGCUGACAGGGACGUUCUCCUGAAGCUGGGGAGGCUGGCACUUAAACAUCUGGAGGAAGGAAACAUCAUGUUCUACCAAGAAGACCUGGAGCGGUGUGGUCUUAAUGUCACAGAGGCCUCGGUGUACUCAGGAGUUUGUACUGAGAUCUUCAGAAGAGAGUGUGAGAUCUUCCAGAAAUCAGUCUACUGCUUUGUUCAUCUGAGCGUUCAGGAGUUUCUGGCUGCAGUCUACAUGUUCCACUGUUACACCGAGAGGAACACAGAAGAACUCAAGAACUUCUUGGGAAAAAAUGGGAACACAGACAGAACCUUCUCCCUGGAUGACCUCCUGAAGAGAACCAUGGAGAAAUCCCUCACCAGUACAAAUGGUCAUCUGGACCUGUUUGUUCGCUUCCUUCACGGCCUCAGUCUGGAGUCCAACCAGAGAGUCUUAGGAGGCCUGCUGGGUCGGACAGAGAACAAUCCAAAGAUCAUCCAGAGAGUCUCAGGAUGGCUGCUGGGUCGGACAGGGAACAAUCCAAAGAUCAUCCAGAGAGUCAUCUACAACCUGAAGAAGUUGAAGAGUGAUGACAUUUCUCCUGACAGAAGCAUCAACAUCUUCCACUGUCUGACUGAGAUGAACGACCACUCAGUUCAUCAGCAGAUGAAACAGUUCCUGACGUCAGAGAACAGAUCAAAGGAGAAACUCUCUGAGAUCCACUGCUCAGCUCUGGCCUACAUGCUGCAGAUGUCAGAGGAGGUUCUGGAUGAGUUGGACCUGUGGAAGUUCAACACAUCAAACCAGGGUCGAUGGAGACUGAUCCCAGCUGUGAGGAACUGCAGGAAGGCUCGACUCAUUGGUUGUCGACUCUCAGAGACUCACUGUGAAGUCGUGGCCUCAGCUCUGAAGUCAGACCCCUCACAUCUGAGAGAACUGGAUCUGAGUAACAACGACCUGCAGGAUUCAGCAGUGAAGCUGCUGUGUUCUGGACUGGAGAGUCCAAACUGUCGACUGGAGACUCUGAGGUUGAGGAGCUGCAGACUGACAGAGAUCAGCUGUUCUUCUCUGGCUUCAGCUCUGAGGUCAAACCCCUCUCAUCUGAGAGAACUGGAUCUGAGGAACAACAACCUGCAGGACUCAGCAGUGAAGGAGCUUCUUGAUCUACAGCAGAGUCCAACCUGUCGACUGGAGACUCUGAGGUUGAGGAGCUGCAGACUGUCAGAGAUCAGCUGUUCUUCUCUGGCUUCAGCUCUGAGGUCAAACCCCUCUCAUCUGAGAGAACUGGAACUGAGGAACAACGACCUGCAGGACUCAGCAGUGAAGGAGCUUCUUGAUCUACAGCAGAGUCCAACCUGUCGACUGGAGACUCUGAGGUCAGUAGAUGGUUGGAGUCAGUCCACGCUGCUUUCAUCAGUAUGUUACUAAACACAGUCAGUAUCACAGAUCCAGGGUCUGUGCUACCAAGCAGGAUUUGUGGUUAUCAGGUUCACUUCAGGUUUAGUUUUUUCAGUUCUACGAAGCUCGUCCACUUCUUAACCAGGUCAAUCACCAUGGUAACUUCUGAUGACAGCUAACCUGCUCCAGGUUAAGUUGGAGAUCAACCAGUAUAGAAGCUCCGCCCACUGACCACAGUGACUCUACACUGUUGUGUGGUGCACACUCUCCUUAAAGGGACGGAUAAGGGAAGUUUAAAUCAACGUCUGGUUGGUUCAGUUGAUCUCUAACUCACCCAGAACAUCUCAAUGUCUCCAGACUCAUCCUGUCCCCAAAACACCAGAUGACCUCAGCUUCCUGGAGACAGGUCCAUGUGUGUGUCCUCAG